ACAUCCCAAGCUCUCAAAUCUGUUUUCCUUGUGUUAUAUGUGUGUGUAUAUAUAUGGUAAGGGUUAGGGGUUGUUAAGGGAUUGGACAUGGAAUUAAGUGUCUGUUGAGGGGAUUUACGAUUCUUUCGAAAGAAAUCUAUGAAGUGUUGGUCGUCCAUAGCCGAUGGACUCUUCAACAAGUUGUUGUUAUCCCUAGCGAGGUUUUGUCUUCAGACUCUAUCAAAAGCCUGAGCAUGAGCAUAACCUUAUCCUCGAUUGUUUGAUAAGUCGAACUAUGCGCAUUUCGCAUGGUUGGACUCGGACCCGUACUAACUAAACAUUUGAUAAUAACACAAAUCCAUUGCUAUUGUUGCUUUCUUUUGUUAUAUAUGUUGAUUCAUGUUGUAUGAGUGCAUGUCACUAGGAAUCCCCUUAAUUGUAUGCAUCUUAUGAUAUGUUGCUUUACUCUUCAUUGUGAAUUUUGUGGUUUCUUUGACAACGAGUUUGUGAAUCUGGGUUUUGAAUAUCAUUCUUCAUGGAAUUCGGAUGAACGCCUUUUAUCUUCGAUCGUGUGUGUUAGGAGCCCGAAAUAAACCCCGAUUCCAUGUUCCCUAGUUGUUUGAACACUUUAAAUUUACAUCUUUUAUUGCAUUGUCCGGUGUUUUACCGAACUCUUUCUCGUAUCUCUAUAAAAUCCAUCCCCAACAUGGAUAUCUCUGGUAAAGGUGAAGAUUUACUUUAACUUGGUCACCAAGAAAUCUUAUUUCUCAAGGUUUCUUACUUACUUAAUAUGAUCUCUGACCGAUAGAAUUAUAUGAGUGAUGACGCCUUGUUUGGUUUUAUGGUUGCAUACAUUGUUGCUUACUUGCAUACUUAAAUCGGACCUAGACAUCCAUAGCUCAUUAGAUUGUUCUUCUUUUUCUCAUUUUAGUGGUUAAUCUUGGAGAAAAAGAAUACAUUUAUUUAUAAGGAUCUUUCGGAAUUUGCAUCGGAACUGAAGAGGAUUGCUGAAUUUGGAUGGCUAGUCGGGUUCGAAUCUUGCCGAAGGAAAAUUUACUUAUUAGUUGCCCACCGUGGUGGAAUUCAAACGAACAGCAAUUUGUUGAGAUUGUACCACAGAAUGUGAGCUUGAAGAAAGCAGAAAAUCACUCUCAACUAUAUCAUAAUGCAAAGCGUUUCGAUCUUCAACUACUAGACCACGAACCAACAUUAGCUGAAGCAGGUGUCACGGGAGUGAAUAAUUCGCAAUGCAAUUCAUCGGAAUCUGGUCAGGUUGAAAGUUGCAGGAAAGACAUCGAAGGUCAAACGAAGCCGGUUUACCUGCUUAACAAUCCAAACACAUUGUUAAGCCCUUCUCACCCAAACUAUAACCGUUCAAUGGCUUGUGCUCAAUAUCCUUAUACUGAUGCUUACUUUACCGGGCUAUUUACUCCGUACGGGCAACAGACUAUUAUGACCGGAACUGCACCGACUCGAAUUCCGUUGCCUCUUGAUCUUGCAGAAGAUGAGCCCAUUUACGUCAAUCCAAAACAAUAUCAUGGGAUUCUCAGGAGGAGGCGACAUCGUGCAAAGCUCGAGACGCGAAACAAGCUCGUUAAAUCUCGAAAGCCAUACCUUCACGAAUCUCGCCAUCUUCAUGCAAUGAAUCGAAUUCGGGGAUCCGGCGGACGUUUUCUUAGCAAAAAGAAACCCCAACGGUCCGAUCCAACCUCCAUUUACAUCUCGGAUAUCGGUUGCUUAGACCAAAAGGAUAAUAAUAGAUCGGAACUUGAGAGCCGUUGCUCGCAUACGGCAGAAUACGGUGGUUCAUGUACGAGCUGCUCUCACAUUUCAAGUAUCACCAACAAUGGUGGUGACAUAUCUCGCCGUGCGGUCAGUUCGUGCAAUGGAAUACAAAACUGUGCUUCGCUUGUCCGGUGAGAAAACGGGCGACAAGAAGUCGGCAACUCAUCCUUGGCUUAUAUAUAUAUAUAUAUAUAUCAAUUAUAGUCUUUGGUUUUCAUGCAUAGUGUAAAAUGAUUGUGGCAGAUUGUACAUUACAGUUGUUAUAAACUUUUGAGAUUUUAUUGUUUGGCUCUAUGACGACUUUUUAGUUCGGUUUUUCACCGUCAGUGUAUUAAAUAAUAAAUAUUUAAUUUUUAGUA